AUGGCGCUCGGGGAGCCGGGGCUGCAGCGGGGCGCGCGGGGCUCGGGCGGACGGACGGACGGAUGCACGGAGCCGCGGCGGGGCGCGCGGGGCUUGGCGGAGGCGCGGGCUGCGGGCGGGCGGGCGCGGUGUGACCUUCGCGCGGUCCUCUCGGGGCGGCACGCCUGGGCGCUGGGUCGCGGGCGAAGAACCAGCUCGGGCUGCGGAGCCGCCGCCGCGCCGCUUAAUACCCGCGCCGCCCGUCACGUGGCCGCCCGGCCGCGCCCCCGCCCCGCCCCGGCCCCCGCCCGCGCCCGCCCUCGCCGCUCCCUGCACGUGCGGGCGGACAGCGGGGCCGGGCGGCGGGGGUCCGCGCUCCCCGCGCUGCCCCAAACCUCCCGCGCCGGGAGCCGAGGCCGCAGGCACCAGCGCACGCCUCCCACCCAGCCACCCACCCACCCUCUGGCUCGCGGCGCGGCUGGUCUUGCGGGCGCCCAGGUGGGUUCCCAGGUGGAUUCAUCUGAGGUUAACCCAACCUGGACCCUGGAGUCUCCUCAAAUGUCCAUCGAUGAAAAUUCCCAGGCAACUCCAGUUGCCUCUCAACCUACGUCUGAGCUGUUAAUGAAGAACCUCAGUAACCUGACGCUCAACCCUCGUAUCAAACUGCCACUUAUUCUACCUCAACCUACUGGGCGGUUACUUGGUGAAAACAUACCCUACAGGCGAGGGGUGAGGACCAUGUUAACUGAUCGGAGAGAGAAGAUGGAACGGCUGAUUCAAUCUAUUAAAAAACGCUAUGGCAAAGGAGUUCCUCAGUCUGACACUCAAAGAGAACCACAGCAGAAUGAUGCUGAGACUCGAUCAAGAGUGCAAAGAAUUAGAUGUAGCUGUCGUUUUUGCCGGUUUCAUAGAGAUUCUUCUGAGGAUAGGGAUGAGAAUUAUUACAAUAAGAAGUAUUAUAGUAAUCAUGACACGGAGUCGAAUGAGCCAUAA